AUGGACAUCCACUCAGGCCGCACCAGCCUGAGACCAACCCAAUACAGACUGGAAGAAGCUUUGCCCCUCCCCUGCUCAGCGCCGCCCCUCCGCAGGUUCAGUCACAGUCUGAUCCGUCCACCUUUGCUGCAGUCCUCUUCCACCAACCGGGAGGGACUGUCCUCCCCCGCUCCACCAGAGAGACAUGUCGCCGGCUCCGUGAACGAGACCCUGGCGCUCAGACUUCACACCAACAGACAUAGAGAAGCCAACCACAGUCGCGUGGGGGACGGCGGGGGGCGUGCGGCCCUGCCUCAACUGGCCCCUGCCGACGCUGCGCCUCCUCUCCUUCCCCAAGACGGGUGCGAUCCAGACGGCCGGGAGCUGCAAGACCUGCCUGUUCACUUGGAGGGGACGACGAAGAGCUACAUGGAACGCAUGGAGGAACUCGUGGCUACCAGACUCGCCAUCAGCGACACGGAAGAGGGGAGCGUUGGCGUGUGGUGGGAGAGCGAGGCGACGAGGCUGUUCCACCACAGCGGCAGCGCGCGGCAGCCAGAGGCGUUGGAACCCGUGGUGGCCAAGACGAGAUUGCACGAUCCUCGACGGCUCAUCAGGCCGACUCGCCCCCAACCCAUCGUGUACACGUCAGGCCGUGCCACUCAUCGCGGAGCAUCACAGCUACACAGAUCUAUGUUGACUCGCAGAGGAAAGCUAAAUGACCAUAUUUUUGCUAAAAGGAGAGAGAAGGAAUACAGCCACCUGCUGCUGCCUCCAGAGACAAGAGUGAGGCGCACUACCGCCGUCCAAUACUUCGAGUCCCCGCCCUCAGGCACCAGCCACGACAAUGACCACGUGUUUUGGCUGCGCAAGUCUACAGUGGAAACAACUGAGGAUGUAGGAGAGUCUUUGCUGAACGGCAACAUGGGUUACCACCGAUACUCCUCGCAUCCCACCCAGCUCGGAAUGGGUCCUUGCGAAGAUCUCCAGGUGUCCGGAGAGGAAGUGGUGUUACGGCUGUCCGUUCCUACCGCCAUCAGGGUAACGUCACCCAACAGACAUGGGGAGAAGACACGACGAGGCAGCAGCCGCAAGAGCAGUGGCAAGACCAGCAACGUAAAGAAAGUCACGAUAAGUGCAGAAGAUGAGGAGCUGUGCGCCGACAUCGCCACUUGUGACACGCUUUUCCUCGACACCUCUGCUCAAGAAACCCCAGAGUUGCUGGCUGCCAGGAACCUAAAGGGCAAGGUGAAGAAGAAGAAGAAUGCCAAGGCCUCAAAAGAAAACAAGGAAGGAGUAAGGAAAAGCGAUGAUGUGGAUGAGAGAACCGCCUCUGAAGGAAUUCAUGGGAACAGCAAAUCAUCCUCUCUGGAGAAAGUGGAUCAAAAUGAUGAAGUCUCCGGGACCAUCCAACCGGACGUGAAAGUGAAAAGAAAAUUAAAAUCGUCAUCGGAAAAAGACAAGACCCAAAAUAAGCAAGAAAAUUAUAGUAGAGAAAGACACUUAACGAAAGCAUGUGCUAUGCUCAGCAUUCAUAGAAUACUUCCAAACGUUUGUGAUGGACAUUUACAUUUGCAGAUGUCUACCUACCCUCCUUCCCGCCCCGUGCACGCCGGGCAGGUGACGAUGCAGCUUCUGAGCGGCAGGUGCCUUAACCCGUCACCACGCCAGAUCCCGGCGGCAACUGCCGUCAAGUGUUCAAUACCUGACAAAGGGAGAGGAGUUGUUCUCUUAAACAAGUCUGAUUAUGUUUCUAAAAUGCGUGAUAUCCUCCAGGAUGAUACUAAGUUCUCUAAACUUGUUUUCGAUGACAUCUAUAAGAUCAAAACUAAAGUUGAAGAUAAAACCACACGCUUCAUUAAUAAUCUUAAAACUCUUGGUGCUGUUAAUGAGGAAGAAGCUUCACUUCUGAAACCCACUGGUUCGAAUCCUGCUGUGAUCGCGUGGGGGACGGCGGGGGGCGUGCGGCCCUGCCUCAACUGGCCCCUGCCGACGCUGCGCCUCCCUCUCCUUCCCCAAGACGGGUGCGAUCCAGACGGCCGGGAGCUGCAAGACCUGCCUGUUCACUUGGAGGGGACGACGAAGAGCUACAUGGAACGCAUGGAGGAACUCGUGGCUACCAGACUCGCCAUCAGCGACACGGAAGAGGGGAGCGUUGGCGUGUGGUGGGAGAGCGAGGCGACGAGGCUGUUCCACCACAGCGGCAGCGCGCGGCAGCCAGAGGCGUUGGAACCCGUGGUGGCCAAGACGAGAUUGCACGAUCCUCGACGGCUCAUCAGGCCGACUCGCCCCCAACCCAUCGUGUACACGUCAGGCCGUGCCACUCAUCGCGGAGCAUCACAGCUACACAGAUCUAUGUUGACUCGCAGAGGAAAGCUAAAUGACCAUAUUUUUGCUAAAAGGAGAGAGAAGGAAUACAGCCACCUGCUGCUGCCUCCAGAGACAAGAGUGAGGCGCACUACCGCCGUCCAAUACUUCGAGUCCCCGCCCUCAGGCACCAGCCACGACAAUGACCACGUGUUUUGGCUGCGCAAGUCUACAGUGGAAACAACUGAGGAUGUAGGAGAGUCUUUGCUGAACGGCAACAUGGGUUACCACCGAUACUCCUCGCAUCCCACCCAGCUCGGAAUGGGUCCUUGCGAAGAUCUCCAGGUGUCCGGAGAGGAAGUGGUGUUACGGCUGUCCGUUCCUACCGCCAUCAGGGUAACGUCACCCAACAGACAUGGGGAGAAGACACGACGAGGCAGCAGCCGCAAGAGCAGUGGCAAGACCAGCAACGUAAAGAAAGUCACGAUAAGUGCAGAAGAUGAGGAGCUGUGCGCCGACAUCGCCACUUGUGACACGCUUUUCCUCGACACCUCUGCUCAAGAAACCCCAGAGUUGCUGGCUGCCAGGAACCUAAAGGGCAAGGUGAAGAAGAAGAAGAAUGCCAAGGCCUCAAAAGAAAACAAGGAAGGAGUAAGGAAAAGCGAUGAUGUGGAUGAGAGAACCGCCUCUGAAGGAAUUCAUGGGAACAGCAAAUCAUCCUCUCUGGAGAAAGUGGAUCAAAAUGAUGAAGUCUCCGGGACCAUCCAACCGGACGUGAAAGUGAAAAAGAAAAUUAAAAUCGUCAUCGGAAAAAAGACAAGACCCAAAAUAAGCAAGAAAAUUAUAGUAGAGAAAGACACUUAACGAAAGCAUGUGCUAUGCUCAGCAUUCAUAGAAUACUUCCAAACGUUUGUGAUGGACAUUUACAUUUGCAGAUGUCUACCUACCCCUCCUUCCCCGCCCCGUGCACGCCGGGCAGGUGACGAUGCAGCUUCUGAGCGGCAGGUGCCUUAACCCGUCACCACGCCAGAUCCCGGCGGCAACUGCCGUCAAGUGUUCAAUGUAUACGUGACGCGACAGGUGAAUGUUGGCUGACAGAGUGGUGUGUUUAUACGCGAAGACCCCUCACUGAAAAAUAAAAUUACAUAAG